UUGCUGCUUGCAAGAGGAGCAAACAUCAAUCCUCGUGACAGAUCCCCGCUAAAAGCAGCAGCAAGUGAAGGUCAUGAGGACGUAGUUAAGUUACUGCUUGAUAAAGGUGCUAACAUAGAAGCAAAAGAGGAAGACGGCAAUGCUCUCAUUUUUGCUUCAGCCAGAGGUCAUGAGAAGGUAGUGAAGAUUUUACUUGACAGUGGUGCCAACAUAAACGCAGAAGUCGGAUACUAUGGCAACGCACUUUGCGCAGCUUCAGCCGAAGGCUGUGAGGAAGUAGUAAAGCUGUUACUUGACAGGGGUGCC